UCCUGAACUCCCCGUAAGAUGGCUCGCACGAAGCAGACGGCGCGCAAGUCGACUGGCGGCAAGGCCCCGCGCAAGCAGCUGGCCACCAAGGCGGCCCGCAAGAGCGCGCCGGCCACGGGCGGCGUGAAGAAGCCGCACCGCUACCGGCCCGGCACGGUGGCCCUGCGCGAGAUCCGGCGCUACCAGAAGUCCACCGAGCUGCUGAUCCGCAAGCUGCCGUUCCAGCGGCUGGUGCGCGAGAUCGCGCAGGACUUCAAGACCGACCUGCGCUUUCAGAGCUCGGCCGUCAUGGCGCUGCAGGAGGCGUGCGAGGCCUACCUGGUGGGGCUCUUCGAGGACACCAACCUCUGCGCCAUCCACGCCAAGCGCGUCACCAUCAUGCCCAAGGACAUCCAGCUGGCGCGCCGCAUCCGCGGCGAGAGGGCGUGUGCCAGGCGGGACGCCUCGCCCGCGAUGCGCUCGAAGAUGUCGUUGACGAACGAGUUCAUGAUGCCCAUGGCCUUGGACGAGAUGCCGCUCUCCUUGCGGCUGCGUUUGCGCUUCUUGCCGUCCUUCUUCUGCGCCUUGGUCACCGCCUUCUUGGAGCCCUUCUUCGGGGCCGGCGCCGACUUGUCUUUCGCCAUGGCUCGCACGAAGCAGACGGCGCGCAAGUCGACCGGCGGCAAGGCCCCGCGCAAGCAGCUGGCCACCAAGGCGGCCCGCAAGAGCGCGCCGGCCACGGGCGGCGUGAAGAAGCCGCACCGCUACCGGCCCGGCACGGUGGCCCUGCGCGAGAUCCGGCGCUACCAGAAGUCCACCGAGCUGCUGAUCCGCAAGCUGCCGUUCCAGCGGCUGGUGCGCGAGAUCGCGCAGGACUUCAAGACCGACCUGCGCUUCCAGAGCUCGGCCGUCAUGGCGCUGCAGGAGGCGGGCGAGGCCUACCUGGUGGGGCUCUUCGAGGACACCAACCUCUGCGCCAUCCACGCCAAGCGCGUCACCAUCAUGCCCAAGGACAUCCAGCUGGCGCGCCGCAUCCGCGGCGAGAGGGCCUAAAUUUGAUGUCCUGA